CAGCGGAUAAUACAGACCAAUCAGAAUCUGUUGGGAUUGAGUCCGGUGCGAGGGGUCGCAACGUCUGCCGGCUCACCUUUUCGCAUUCCCUCUCGGCUGAUCUCUUUCUGGAUAUCGCUGUAAUGGCGGAGCAACAGCAUUUCUACCUCUUGCUGGGCAAUCUGAUGAGCCCCGACAACAACGCCAGACAACAGUCAGAGGAGGCUUAUGAUGGCAUCCCGGGGCCGACAAAAAUCACAUUCUUGCUGCAAGCCAUCAGAGACGCUUCCGCUGCAGAGGAGGUCAAGCAGAUGGCUGCCGUGCUGCUGCGGCGGCUGCUGUCGUCCUCCUUUGAGGAAGUGUACCCCGGCCUGACGCAGGACAUGCAGACAGCCAUCAAGACAGAGCUGUUGACCAGCAUCCAGUCGGAAACCGCUCCCAACAUCCGCAAGAAGGUCUGCGACAUCGCCGCCGAGCUCUGCCGCAACCUGAUUGACGACGAUGGAAACAACCAAUGGCCAGAGCUGCUCAAGUUCCUGUUUGACUCGGUCAACUCCACCAACGUUGGCCUGCGAGAGGCUGCUCUGCACAUAUUCUGGAACUUCCCAGGGAUCUUUGGCAACCAGCAGCAGCAUUACAUGGAAGUGAUCAAGCGCAUGCUUGUGCAGUGCAUGCAGGACGAGGAGAACCCACAGAUCCGGACCCUGGCUGCCCGCGCCGCGUCUUCCUUCGUGCUGUCAAACGAGUCCAACCCAGCCCUGCUGAAGCACUUCUCCGACCUGCUGCCCGGCAUCCUGCAGGCGGUGAAUGAGUCGUGCUACCAGGGGGAUGACUCGGUGCUCAAGUCCCUAGUGGAGAUUGCGGACACUGCACCCAAGUACCUGCGGCCCAACCUGGAGGCCACGCUGCAGCUCAGUCUCAAGCUGUGUGCUGACAGCAACCUGACCAACAUGCAGAGGCAGCUGGCCCUGGAGGUGAUCGUCACACUGUCGGAGACGGCUGCCGCCAUGCUAAGGAAACACACGGCCAUCGUGGCUCAGAGUGUCCCCCAGAUGCUGGCCAUGAUGGUGGAUCUGGAGGAGGAUGAGGAGUGGGCCAUGGCUGACGAGCUGGAGGAUGAUGACUUUGACAGCAAUGCGGUAGCCGGUGAAAGCGCCCUGGAUAGAAUUGCCUGUGGCCUGGGUGGCAAGAUUAUGCUCCCGAUGAUCAAGCAGCACAUCAUGCAGAUGCUACAGAACCCUGACUGGAAGUAUCGCCACGCUGGGCUCAUGGCCCUGUCGGCCAUCGGCGAGGGCUGCCAUCAGCAGAUGGAGGCCAUCCUCAACGAGAUCGUCAGCUUUGUCCUGCUGUUCUGCCAAGACCCUCACCCCAGAGUCCGCUAUGCCGCGUGCAACGCCAUCGGACAGAUGGCCACAGACUUCGCCCCCACCUUCCAAAAGAAAUUCCACGAUAAGGUGAUCUCUGCCCUGCUCCAGACCAUGGAGGACCAGACCAACCCUCGCGUCCAGGCCCACGCCGCCGCCGCCCUCAUCAACUUCACAGAGGACUGCCCCAAGUCCCUGCUCAUCCCCUACCUGGACAGCCUGGUCCAGCACCUCCACGUCAUCAUGGUGGCCAAACUGCAGGAGCUGAUUCAGAAGGGCACCAAGCUGGUGCUGGAGCAGGUGGUGACAUCCAUCGCCUCGGUGGCCGACACGGCGGAGGAGAAGUUCGUGCCCUACUACGACCUGUUCAUGCCCUCGCUCAAGCACAUUGUGGAGAACGGCGUGCAGAAGGAGCUCCGCCUCCUCCGGGGAAAGACCAUCGAGUGCAUCAGCCUCAUCGGCCUGGCCGUAGGCAAGGAGAAGUUCAUGCCCGACGCCUCGGCUGUGAUGCAGCUGCUGCUGAAGACCCAAACGGACUUCAACGACCUGGAGGACGACGACCCGCAGACCUCCUACAUGAUUUCAGCCUGGGCCAGGAUGUGCAAGAUCCUGGGGAAGGAGUUCCAGCAGUACCUGCCCGUAGUCAUGGGCCCACUCAUGAAGACUGCCUCCAUUAAACCAGAGGUGGCCCUUCUAGACACCCAGGACAUGGAGAACAUGUCUGAAGAUGACGGCUGGGAGUUUGUCAACCUGGGAGACCAGCAGAGCUUCGGCAUCAAGACGGCCGGCCUGGAGGAGAAGGCCACCGCCUGCCAGAUGCUGGUGUGCUACGCCAAAGAGCUGAAGGAGGGGUUUGUGGAGUACACGGAACAGGUGGUGAAGCUGAUGGUUCCUCUGCUCAAGUUCUACUUCCACGAUGGUGUGCGUGUGGCGGCAGCAGAGUCCAUGCCCCUGCUGCUGGAGUGUGCGCGGGUGCGAGGCCCAGAGUACCUCACUCAGAUGUGGCACUUCAUGUGCGACGCCCUCAUCAAGUCCAUCGGGACGGAGCCCGACUCAGACGUCUUAUCGGAAAUAAUGCAUUCGUUUGCCAAGUGCAUUGAGCUUAUGGGAGAUGGCUGCUUAAAUAACGAACACUUUGAGGAACUGGGAGGCAUUCUGAAAGGGAAGCUGGAGGAGCACUUUAAGAACCAGGAACUGAGACACGCCAAACGUCAAGAUGAAGAUUACGACGAGCAGGUGGAGGAGACGUUACAGGACGAGGAUGAAAACGAUGUCUACAUUCUGACCAAAGUGUCAGACAUUUUGCACUCUGUAUUCAGCAGUUACAAGGAGAAAGUGCUGCCCUGGUUUGAGCAGCUGCUACAGCUCAUUGUCAACCUUAUUUGUCCAAGCAGGCCGUGGGCAGACAGACAGUGGGGCCUGUGCAUCUUUGACGACGUGGUCGAACACUGCAGCCCUUCCUCCUUCAAAUAUGCAGAGUAUUUCCUGAGGCCGAUGCUGCAGUCGCUGUGUGACACCAGCCCCGAGGUGAGGCAGGCGGCGGCCUACGGCGUGGGAGUGAUGGCGCAGUAUGGAGGGGAGAGCUACAGGCCCUUCUGCACAGAGGCCAUUCCUCUCUUGGUGGGAGUUAUCCAGGCAGCAGACUCCAAGGCAAAGGAGAACGUCAAUGCCACCGAGAACUGCAUCUCUGCUGUGGGCAAAGUGAUGAGGUACAGGCCCGAGUGUGCCAACGUCAAUGAAAUCCUGCCUCACUGGCUGUCCUGGCUGCCUCUUAAUGAGGACAAAGAGGAAGCGGUUCACACCUUUGACUUCCUGUGUGACCUCAUUGAAAGCAACAAUCCUAUUGUUCUCGGCCCAGACAACGCAAAUCUUCCCAAGAUAUUUGUCAUUAUUGCCGAUGGCGUCUCUGGCGAGUCUGUCAAAAACGAGGAUGCUUGCAGCAAGAGGUUGGCUAACGUCAUCCGUCAAGUACAGGUCUCUGGAGGAUUGUGGACGCAGUGUGUAUCAACACUGAAUGAGACACAGCAGAAGGCCAUCCAGGAUCUCCUCAACACCGCCUGAGCCACCUUAACCCCCCCAGCCCCUCUCCAAAAGCAAGACCAUGUAUAACCAUCUAGUUCCUGGAUACCCUUCCACCCUUCCCCCCUCCACUAGAAUCCUCCUUCCUCUUCCAGCUCUGAUCUGUAAUGUGUGUAUGUGCGAGUGGACUUCUCUACAGGGGACAAGGCUGGGUUUGUCCAUGAGCAAUCAGUAAGGACUAAGCCCAUCGAUGCCCCAGUGGAGCGGGACUUCCUCCUUAUCACAACCGAGCGGCGUCGGACCUCCACUUGUGCAAAGGGAAUGAAAGCGUUAGAUCCAGUUCUCCCAUCUCGUUAACUGUUUAACCGAAUAUCUGGUUCCAUACAAGUGACUUUUGACCCCUUUCCACUACGCUGUGACUCGUCUAGCUGUGCAUUGUGGGAGUCGCGUGAGAAUGUCAUGUCAUCCAGUAUAAACUCAUUGGACUGUCACGACUAUUGGACCAGAAAAAACGAUGGGUCUGGAGUGGAUGGAGAAAUUGAUUGAGGAGUGAGACAAGCGUAUCUGGGGCAACCACUGCCUGCCUGUGAAUUCAGUUAUUUUCUUGUCUAGGCUUUUUUUGUUGGUUAUACUGCUGUAUCCCCAGUGUCUAUCUGGAGGGGAAACUGUCUAUGCCAUGGCUCACCGAGUAUGUUUGAAGACUAACAGCAUGUGUGUCUCUGGCUAAUUCACUCCUUGAAAUAAACAAUAGUUAGAAAUAACAUAAUUGUUGUCUUGGAGAUAAUCAUAAUGGGGUUUUCCUCUGACUUUCCAAACAACUCAUGUCUGAAAUAGUGAGGAUCAAGUUGUUUAAAUUUGA